UGAGUGAAGUUUGACAGAAGAUGUUGCAGCGGUUUUGUGUCUGGAGAUGGUUAGCUCUAGGAACUGCAGUUGCUACCAUCUUAGCAGGCGGUUCGGCCCAGAAUGAUGAAGACUGGCAAUAUGAGGAUUGCAAGUUGGCCAGAACAGGUCCUCCAGCCACAAUAGUUCCUAUUGAUGAAGAAAGUCGGAACGGCACUAUCCUGGUUGACAACAUGCUGAUCAAAGGGACCGCAGGAGGACCGGACCCCACCAUUGAGCUCUCCUUAAAGGACAACGUGGACUACUGGGUGAUCCUCGAUCCCAUCAGCCAGAGGUUAUACCUGAACAGCACUGGCCGAGUUCUGGACAGAGAUCCGCCAAUGUCCAUUCAGUCCAUCGUGGUGCAAGUCCAGUGCGUUAACAAGAAGGUUGGCACCAUUAUCAACCACGAAGUACGAAUUGUGGUGAGAGACAGGAACGAUAACUCGCCCCAGUUCCAGCAGCAGCGAUACUACGUGGCAGUAAAUGAGUUAACUCCAGUUGGAACAACCAUCUUUACAGGAUUUUCUGGAAACAAUGGUGCUACUGACAUUGAUGACGGUCCGAACGGCCAGAUAGAGUAUGUCAUCCAGUACAAUCCUAAUGACAAGACUUCCAACAGGACCUUUGAUAUUCCUCUCACUUUGUCCGGAGCAGUAGUUUUACGGGAAAGGCUAAAUUAUGAAGAAAAGACACGUUAUUUUGUCAUUGUUCAAGCAAAUGACCGAGCCCAAAAUCUCAAUGAGCGAAGGACAAGUACAACCACCCUGACAGUAGACGUGCUCGAUGGGGACGAUUUGGGACCAAUGUUUCUUCCUUGUGUCUUGGUGAAUAACACUCGUGACUGCAGACCUCUCACCUACCAAGCGAGCUUGCCAGAACUGACUGAUCCUAAUAUCCUGAAGAAGCACUUUUGA